AUGGCACCUCGCAAGGGGAAGGAAAAGAAGGAAGAACAGGUCAUCAGCCUCGGACCUCAGGUGGCUGAAGGAGAAAAUGUAUUUGGUGUCUGCCACAUCUUUGCAUCCUUCAAUGACACCUUUGUCCAUGUCACUGAUCUUUCUGGCAAGGAGACCAUCUGCCGUGUGACUGGUGGGAUGAAGGUAAAGGCUGACAGAGAUGAGUCCUCUCCAUAUGCUGCCAUGUUGGCUGCCCAGGAUGUAGCCCAGAGGUGCAAGGAGCUGGGCAUCACCGCUCUUCACAUCAAACUCCGGGCCACAGGAGGAAAUAGGACCAAGACUCCUGGACCAGGGGCCCAGUCAGCUCUAAGAGCUCUUGCCCGCUCGGGAAUGAAGAUCGGACGGAUUGAGGAUGUCACUCCCAUCCCCUCCGACAGCACCCGCAGAAAGGGGGGUCGCCGUGGUCGCCGUCUGUGA